UUAAGAACAGACAAGGAGAAAUACAAACCUGAUUCUAGACCAGUCAGUGAGAUAUCAAAACUGAAAUUUAGGCCAGGAAGUGAAAUAUAACAACGGUAAUAAGUAUGGCAAACAGUGUGUCGUCUGCUGCAGAAACUAACAGACUACUAGAAGGAAAUGAAUCUGGAAAUGAAACGCUGACCUUUAAUAUUGGAGGAGUUAUAUUCGAAACUUACAGAUCUACAAUAAUGAGAAUACAGAGCGGUCCUCUAACAGACGAAAGCUUUUUGGAGGUCAAUCAAAGACCUGGGAAAAAUGACUAUUUCUUUGAUAGAGACCCUGAUGCUUUUAAGAUAGUGUUAAACUACUUACGAACUGGUAAGGUUUUCAUCCCGUCGCACAUCGAUGGUCCGCUUGUUAGGAAUGAACUACUGUUUUGGGGUUUGACGCCUGAUUUGGAAGUGAUGAUCAGCGGAGACGUUUCAAUGCCUCGUUCUACAAUUGGACAUUUAGCAAGUAUGAUUGAAAACAGAAAUGUGUCUCCUCACAUCCUCACACUGGAAUGGGAAACAAAAUCUGGAAUAUUCUUAGCAACCCGGAAACGUCAAUGUGGGCGAAGAUAUAUGCCGGAAUAUCAUAUCUUGUAAUGUUCCUGUCGGUAGUAAUUUUCGUUGCUGCAACAACGCCAUAUUUGCAAACAUUUCA